GAUGACAACUCGUAGUGGAGACCUCGGAACUAAUAAAAGUGACGAGUUUAACGUUAUAACGGGUAAAAGCGACGCAGAUUUUCCCUUCUAGCGACACCGCUAGAUGGCGCCACGCAGGCCGCCCGAGCGAGCGAUCGGGCUCUGCAUGGUGUAUUACUCUGUUCUGUCAAACUUGGAACAAAAAGGGGUGAAGGCCCGUGCGCACGAGAGUCGGAGUGAAAGCUUGUGCUCGGGGUGGGGCCCGACUUUUACGCGAAUUUCGACACUGAUAUCCGACCGCCGAGGAAGAUGAAUUGAUGGGCCGGAAUUGACCGCGACGUCGCACGACUGGUGUGUAAUUGUAAGUCUAACACGAGCGCGCUACUUCGUUGUGAAAUCGUUUCGCCGAGACCAAGGAGGAGACAGCUGGGGGAGGAGACAACCAUGGAGGACGAUCUGCCGACCGAGUACGAUGUGGUCGUCGUAGGCACAGGUAUGACCGAGUCCAUCGUCGCCGCGGCGGCAAGCAGGAUCGGCAAGAAAGUUCUGCACCUGGACAGCAAUGAAUAUUACGGAGGUCUUUGGGCUACAUUUAAUUUUGAUGGAUUGCAAAAAUGGAUAGAAGACCUGAAAACGGCUAAGAACAACACUAGAAAUACGAAUGUUGAUUUAGAGGACGGUGAAAAAUUCUUGAAAGCUAGUGAUCAAUAUUCCACUGUCGAGAACAUCGGAGAAACUUGGUACAUUUCCAACGAUGCGGAUUUACCUGUGGUUUCCUCGAAAGAUACCCAGACCGAAAGUUCUGGGGAUAGCGGUGCCAUCGACGGUGCGGAAAAGACUGAUCAGGACAAGGCUGAUAAGAAAGAGAAUGUGAAACAAUGGAGCAUAGACCGUAUAAAAAAGGAAUAUAGAAGAUUUAAUAUCGAUCUGGCACCUAAACUAUUGUUCGCUCGUGGCGAAUUAGUGGAACUAUUGAUCUCUAGCAAUAUUGCGCGUUACGCCGAAUUCCGCGCGGUCUCCAGGGUCGCUACGUUCAUGGACGGUAAACUCACGCAGGUCCCUUGUUCUCGAGCCGAUGUAUUCGCUAACAAGACCGUCAGCGUGGUCGAGAAGAGAAUGCUGAUGCAGCUUCUGACAUCUUGCAUGGAGCAAGGUGCUGACAGUCCAGAGUUCGAUGGUUUCCGUGAUAAAACGUUCAUAGAGUAUCUCAACACGAAAAAUCUGACGCCUAUAGUGCAACAUUACGUUGUGCAAGCCAUCGCGAUGGCAACAGACAAAACGACGUGCAGGGACGGUGUUAAUCGCACGAAGCACUUUCUGAAUAGCCUUGGACGCUACGGUAAUACGCCCUUCUUAUGGCCUAUGUACGGAAGCGGUGAACUGCCUCAAUGCUUUUGCCGAUUAUGUGCGGUUUUCGGCGGGGUUUAUUGCCUGAAAAGACAGCUGGACGGCGUGGUAGUCAACGGGGAGAAGUGCAAAGCUAUCAUCACUGGCAAGCAGAGAUUGGCCUUGGAGCAUUUAGUCGUAGGGCAAGGGCACUUGCCGCCGGAAAUCGUAGCCUCCGAAGGGGAGAACCAAAUCUCACGCGGGAUUUUCAUCACUGACAGAUCGAUUAUGCAAGGCGAGAAGGAGAGUCUAACACUUUUGUAUUAUCCGCCGGAAGAAGCAGGCCAAGAACCAGUUACUAUUAUUGAAUUGGGACCAUCCACCAAUGCUUGUCCCCAAGGAUUGUUUAUGGUUCACAUGACAUGCAAACGUACCAAGAACGCGAAGGAAGAUCUAGCGUAUGUUGUGGACAAGUUCCUGAGAGCUGAGCCGCUUGAUCCCAAUGCCGCACGUAGUUCUUCUGACUCCCAUACUCAAACGGUAUCUCCCGAUAAACGGCAUCUUCAGGAUGGUGAUAAUCAGGAGAAGGAAGAAACGGAGUACCCGAUACCGCAAGUGCUGUGGUCUCUGUACUUGAAUUUACCCGCGAGCGACAUUAAGUUAAGCGACUCGGCGCCCAAUAACAUACACCUAUGCUCUGGACCGGAUCUGGAACUUGAUUUCGACUUUGCGGUGAACCAGGCCAAGAGUAUCUUUAAGGCAAUGUAUCCGGACGAGGACUUUUUGCCGCGCGCGCCUGACCCAGAGGAGAUCGUCCUGGAGGGCGACGAAACACCGGGCCCGAAAUUCGAGGGCGGCAUCCCCACGGAAGGCGAAGAGAAGCAAGACGUUGAGAAAGCUGAGAAGGAGGAAUGAACGAUUAUCGUAUAAUGCUUCUGCAUCUCCAGUGUCGAAGAGAAGAUAAGGCUUUUGCGCCUUUAGUGUCUUUUACCUUCAUCGUUAUUGCAUUUCCUUAUAAACGUACUUGGGGCUAAAGAAAGAAAAAACCAAAAAAAAAAGUAACAAGCAUGGGAUUACAAAUUACACGAGGCAGUAGUGACGCAAACGAAGAAAAGCUUCGCGACGUUGAUCUUGGGAUUUUUCAUAUACGUUCACACGUUACUCUCCGGAUCCGCUCGGGACAGAGUCCUGUCGUUGAAAACGCUUAUCUUCGAUUCGCGUCUUCCACCCAUACAAAGAGAGAACACAUGCUUUCGCAUCUUACACUUUAUUCACGAAAACGCAAGUUCUAUGAAUAUUAUGCUUCGACAAGGACACAGACUCGUUAGAAGAGCACAAGUGCGUUUGCCAGUACGAAAAUACAGAAGUUGAUGGCGCGCGCGCGCGUGCGCGAUUGUGAUUUUAUAUUCGGUGAAGAUAACCCUGGCGAUUCGUAUUUCCUCUCAUUUUUGUAUAAUUCUCUCUGCGCGAUCGGAUCAUCGCGAGGAAACGGCACGAGCAAACGACAUUGCGUAAAGAAAAAUUUGAAAAAAAAAAAAAGAGAAAAAGAAGUUCGAAUACAUUCUACUAAGUAGGCGUAGCGCUCCGAGAGACAUGCUCCGUACCCCGGAUAUAUGAUAACGAUACCGGCGGAAGUACGAGAAUGCAGAGAAUAACGGCGUCACGCUUUGAUACUUCAGUAGACAUUAACAGCAAUUAUAUAUAAUAUAUUGUAUGUGCACGAGCCAUUAGUCAUUUAGAUAGACAUCGUGACGUAUUUGGGAUUGAUAGUUUGUAUUACAUGCAUUAUAAAUGGAUAUGCUACCUUUAAUGCGCUUGUCAUAAUAUAUCUGUAAUAAACACGAAAGAAGAAAGUGCGCAACCUAAUCUCGAUUUGAAUCAGUGACAUGCUAAUAAGUACGGUAACACGUAUACGUAUGUGUAGCUAUCGUUUCUCCGAGAUUGCGUACGCUCGUUUGCGAAACGCUUCGAACGCAUUUCUCUUUUCCGGCGGAGUUGAACGACCGAAGACGGAAUUCCUAAAAGAAAACAAUUUUCAAACUUUUGAGAGUCGGUAUACGCAGUGCCAAAAUUAGCCCUUCGUCGUAUUCGUAUCCGAUGGAUAAGAAUAUAACGAAGUUGUUUCUCCUGAAUCUUUCGCUUUUCAACAUCGGAUGUAUCAUAUAUCGCCUUGGCUCCUAUUGUGAAGAAAUGCCACGCAAGCUCAUGAAUAACACACAUCCGAUACUCCCAACUUCAUCGGAAAGAAAAGUCAAGUUCGAGCCAUUUCGCAAGCGAGUGUACGCCACCGGCGUCGAUUAAUUUGAAAUAUUUUUAUCGGUGAUUUGUUAUGUUCUUGCGUUCGCAUCGAACUGAAGGGAAGGAUCGGUUGUUCCUUUCUUUUUCUUUUUCUUUUGUUUUUUCUUUUUAAUCGAAAUUUCGCACUUAUGUGAUUACGAACGCGAUUGUACUCGUCCAACGUGUUUGUGGCUUGAAUGUAGACUUAGUAAUUUUAGUAUUUUAUCCUUACCAGGAAACCCGCUCAGCAGAGAGUGUCACUUUCCGAUUUUCAUGCGUCUAGAUUGUGAUCUAAGUCCAAAUGGAAGACAAGUGCUUGUUUCAUGAAAGCGCAAGUUGAAUUCAGCGUAGAAUAAUCUUCGUCUUGAUUUACUUUGGUUUAUUUUAAUUUACUUUGAUGAAAAGGUUUCAAAAAGUACUUUUGAAACUUUUACCGAAGACGUUUCUUCUUCUAAACGCGCACGACUUAUAAAAGUUACGCGUCGCUUUCGAGCUAGAAUGCGACGUGAACGAAGCGCAUCAGAAUCGUAGUGAGACACAGUCGCGGGUUUCCUUAUUAGUUAUACGAAAUCACUUUUUUCAGUCUACCGCUCACAUAUCCUAUGAUUUAUAUCUCACGAAAUGAGAAAAUUACAUUAUUCCAUUGGUUCACUCGGCUUUAGUUGCCACAGGUCCAAUUAUACACGUAAUAUAAAGAUCCAGUGUUCAGGUAACUACCAAUGGUGAAGUCUACAAUGUGUCUUUUUGUCGUAAAAAUCAAGAACUCACGAGGCUGUGUGUGUAUGUGUGUAUGUGAGAGGUAGCAUUUGUCUUUUACUUUCUUUUUUAUUUUAAUAUUAUUAAGCUGCUAUUUUUCACAAGCUUUAGAUGUAAACUGAUGAUUUUCUCGGGAGCAACAUUGUGCGUAUCUUUUUUAUUCCUAUUCUGUCCUACAGGUACUUAUUUUUUAUACUAGUUUUUUAAUUAUUUAUCGCAUAUUCGUAAGAUUUAAUUAAGUCACGCAAUCCGAAAGUUCCAGAAGAGAUAAUUGUGAUAAUUGCUGUGCACGCCAAUAGAUCCUUCGAUAAAUUAAUUUCUUAGUCCAUUCCACCAUUGUGGUUUAUUUACAACAUCAAACUGCACAUUCAAAUAUUACGAGUAUACAAUUACAGUAUCUUUUGGCAACACCAUAAUACGUUGCUUUCACUUGUGUAUACUUGUCGUGAUUUAUAGAUAUUCGCGAGUCAUUUUUUACAGAUAUAAAUCGCGUAUUCUGAAAACCAACCGAGACUGUCAUAGAGGAAACUAAUAUGACCUAAUAUCUCGUCGAUUAUACGUGCGACUGUAAUAAACAUAUACUUCUUA